AUGUUAAAAGAGGAUCUCACAAUAAAGAUUCAAUUUGUUUGCUUUAUGCAUUAAAAAUCAAGAACGAUGAAAAAAUAACAUUGUUAAGAGGAAACCAAGAAUCUUGAAUUCUUACUCCAAUUUGAUUACACGAUGAAACCACGAGGAAGUUUAGCUCCUUAAAUAUUUGGGUUUAUCUAAUUGAAUCCUGUGAUUGAAUGCCAUUAUUUAUCAGGAUUUAAUUGA